UUUUUCCUUCUCGUACAUACUUUUAUUCCAUUUUUUUUUUUUCUCUGAGAGCCGCGCCAGGGCAAAUAGUGGGGGCAUAAAAAUAUACGAGGUGAGGCAAUAUUAUCCAGUGAAAUUCAGUGUUUGUGUUGAUUUAGAAAAAAAAACAAAAAAAAAGUUUCACAUUUAAAUUGUGUUUUAUUGUUAAUUUAUAUUGUUUAUUUAUUAAUUUUUUUUUUGUUCAAAACAUUAAUAAUAAUUCAUUUGACAAUUUUGCUAUUUCUGUUUUUUUUUUUUCUUGUUAUUUUUUUUUAAACGGAAACGACGACCUGGGGGUCACGGGGGCCAUCUCCAAAGCCACCAUAUUUAUAUUGACAAUUAUUCAAAAUUUCAUUUGUUACUUUAAACAUGACGUGGACAUCUACAGGUUAAAUUUGGUAAAUAAUUUGCUAAGAAACUUGUUUAUUGAUGUAAUCUAUGUGUACUAGACGAAAACAAUUGAUAAUAAACAGGACAGUUAUUCCUUAUUAUAUGUUAAAAGUUUGAUAAAUUAAAAAUGUGUGAUCAGACAGAAAUAAGUUAUUUAGAUGGUGAUAUUGUCUGGGUUAAACUUGGUUCAGCAUGGUGGCCUGGACAAGUAACUGGUUUAGAUAAUUUACCAGAUGUUUUACAAGCACAAUAUAAAAAAAAACCACACAUUGCUGCUGUUAAAUUUUUUCAAGAAGAUUCAUAUGAAUUGGUUAGAAAUAUACAGCAAAUUUAUAAAUACAAUUGUCGACAAAAAGAUGAUUUUAUAAAAAAAGGAUUAGAUAAAUAUCGUUCAAGAAGUAAAGAUGGUACAAAUUAUAUGGAUAAAUUUCCUGGUGAUGUUGAAACAGCUGAAAAAUUAACUGAUGGUGAUCCAGAUAUAUUAUCAUCAUCAAAAUUUUGUGAACAAAAAAAGCCAGAUAUAUCAUCAUUAUUUGGUGAAAAAAAAUUACCAAAACGUAAAAAAGAUAAAGAUGAUACAAUAAAUAAUAGAAAAUCAUUAAUUGGUAGUAAUGAUACACGUAAAAUAACACAUCCACGUUUUAUUGGACGUAAAAGUGAUCAUGAAAUUCGUAUAAGACAACAAAAUACUAAAAAUUUUAAUCCAUCAACACCAACUUUAAAUGAUUCAUCAUCUGCAAUAACACCAACAGCAACACCAACAAGAACAACACCAUCAACACCAAGUAUAUAUACAUGUCCACAUUGUGAUUAUACAUCAACACGUCUUAAUGUUAUUAUUUGUCAUAAUAAAUCACAUCGUAAUAAUGUUACAAGACCAAGUAUAACACCAGUACGUCGUCCAAUUCCACAAAAAAGUCGUACAGUUAGUGCUAGUAUUGGUGCUGUUAAUGAUGGUGAAAUACAAAAACGUAAAUAUACACGUAAAAAUAAAAGUUUAUCAGUUAAAUUAAAGGAUGAUAAAAUUAUUGAUACACCAAAACGUAAAUAUAAUAAAGGUAUUGAAAAACCACCUAAAAAAAAGAAAAAUGAUCCGGAAAUUAAAGAAGAACAUAUACGUGAAUCAUUAUUGGCUGAUUGGGAAGAUGGAUCUGAAGAUGGUGAUAUGGAUAUUGAUCUUGAUAAUUCAGCAUCUGAAGAUUUUCCAAGUUCACCAUCUAAAAAUAUUAAUAAAGAAAAAAUUAAUAAUGAUAAAGAUAUUGACGAUGUUGAUAAAUCAUUAUCACCAAUUAAAAAUUCAACAAAUCUUAUUGAUACAGAUGUUGAAGUUGAAAAACAACAACAACCACCACAACAACAACAACGUUCUCCGUUAUUAAAGAAAUUUAAAAAGUUGGAUGAUUCAAAAACAAAUUUAUCAUCUAGUGAUGAUAAAAAUGAUCAAAAAUCAAAAUUAUCAUGUUUUGAUUUUGAUGAAGAUGAAGAACCACAACCAGCAUUACCACCAGCAAGAAAAAUAACACGUGUAUUUGGUGAAAAAAAUAAAUCACGUAAAAAAGAACUUAUUAAAGAAUUUACAAGAACAUCACAAGCAUUUGCUAAUGAAAAAGUUGAUGAAGAAGAACAAGGAGAUUUAUCACAAAAACAAUCAAAAGAAGAAAUUAAAAAAUCAGAUAAUGAUGAUAAAAUUAAAGAUAUUGUUGAUGAUGAUAAUGAUGACGAUGAUUUUAAUGAUAAAAUUAAUCGUGAAAUAAAUGAGACAACAGAAUUAGUUGCUAAAAUUGCUGAAACAACAACUGAUUUAAUACCAUCAAAAUCUGAAAUAAUUGAAACUAUUGAAACAAUUGAAAUUUUAAAAGUUAAUGAAGAUCAAGAAGAUAUUGAAGAAGAAAAAGAAGUAAUUGAACAAAAUGAUGAAAAAUUGGAUAAAGUUCAAGAAGAAAAUAAAAAUGAUACAAAUAAAAUUGAUGAAAAGUUUGAAGAUGAUAAAAUUCAUGAUGAUGGUGAUGAUAUGAUGGAAGAUGUCAAAGAAAAAAAUGAUGUUGAAGAUAUUGAAGAAACAAAAAAUGACAUUGAAAUGAAAAAAGUUGAAGAAAAAGAAGAACAAGUUGAUCAAAUGGUUGAAGAAAAAGAAAAACAAGUUGAUAAAAUAGAUGAAGAAAAAGAAGAGCUAGAUGACAAAAUGAACGAAGAAAAAAUGGAACAGGAUGAUAAAAUUGAUGAAGUAAUGCAAGAACAAGUUGAUAAAAUAGAUGAAGAAAAAGAAGAGCUAGUUGAUAAAAUGAAUGAAGAAAAAGAAGAACCAGUUGAUAAAAUAAAUGAAGAAAAAGAAGAGCUAGAUGAUAAAAUCAAUGAAGAAAAAAUAGAACAGGAUUAUAAAAUUGAUGAAGUAAUGCAAGAAGAUAUAGUAGAAAAAAAUGAAAAAAUUGAUAAACCAGUUAUUGAUGCUGAUCAAGUUUUGGAAAUGAAUAAUGAAAAUAAAAAUACAGAUGUUGAAUUAACAAAAGAAAAAGAAAACCAAGAUAUCGAAGCAGAUAAAGAAGAAAAAACUCAAGAUAUUGAAUUUGACAAAGAAGAAAUUGAUAAAAUUGAUCAAGAAGAAAAAAUUCAAGAAAUUGAAACAACAGAUCAAGAAAAAAGUGAACAAAUUGAAGAUGAUUUAGAAAAUAAUAAAUUAAAUUUAACUGAAUCUGCUAUUGUUUCAGAAUCAGAAAUAAAUAAAGUUCAAGAAAUUUCAGAUUUAAAAAUUAAUGAAACUGAUGAAAUGCUACAAUCAGAUAGUGAAAAAGAAAUUAUAAAUUCACCAAAUGAAUUAAUUGAAUCUGCACAAAUAAUUAUUGAACCUGAAACAAUAAAAGAGAUCAAUGACGAAAAAAUGGAAGAUAUUGAAGCAAAAAUUGAAGAUAUAGAAGAAAAAGUUGAACAAGUUGACCAAUCAAUUGAAAAAAUUGAUGAAGAAAUGAAAACAGACGAUGAAAAAAUUGAUACUAUUGAAGAAAGUCGUAUAACAAUUGAAGCUGAAGAAGAAAUGUUAUCAAUAUCAGAAUUAACAGCAGCAACAACAUCAGGAACUUCAAGUAAUAUUGAUAAAACUUUUUCACAAGUUAAUAAAAUAAAUACUCCAACAAAAAUUGAAUUUAUUGAUAAUAAAACAAUAACACCAGAUGUUCCGGAAAAAAGACGUCGUGGUAGACCUAGAAAAACACCAAUUCCAAGUUAUAUGAGUGGUAAUGGUGAUUCAUUAAUAAAAAUUGACGAACCAAAAACACCUGGUACACCAGAUAGUCAAGAUUUUGAUCGUAAAACAUCUGAAUCUGAUGGUGAAAAAUCCAAUGCUGGAAGAAGAAGAAAACCAAGUAAAAAAUAUUUAGAAUCUGAUAUGUAUUGUCCAAGUCCUGGUAGUAGAACACCAAGAACAGAUGACAGUCAAUCAGAAGCUGAAGAUAAAUCAUUGACAAUUAAAAAACGUGGUAAAAGAGGUAGAAAACCAUCUAAAAAAUCAAUAGCUAAAAGUAUUGAAGAAUAUGAAUUUUCAGAUCAAACACUUGAUAGUGCUGAAGAAUCAAUGAUUGGUGAACCAAUUAAAAUUCAAGAUAUUAAUAAAAAAACAGAUACAUUAUCACCAGUUGAUUUAACUGAUUUAUUAGUUAAUUCAGAUAUUGAAAUACGUGAUAAUAAAUCACAUGACGAUAAUAAUGAUGAUGAUGAUAAUAAAAUUGAUAAACUACCACCUAAAAAAUCACAAAUUAAAAAAUUUGAAUCAUCACAAUAUGAAUUUUUUGGUUCUGAUGAUAAAGAAGAAUCAACAAAAAUUAUUGAAACAAUAACAACAGCAACAACAACAACACACACUGAUAUUUUAUCUGACAAUAAUGUCAAUGAAAUUUUAGUUGAAAGUAAAAUUGAAGCUCCACAAAAAGAAGAACAUUCAAUGGAAAUUCAAAUGGAAACAAAUGAAAUUUCUGAUGUAAAUGAAACAGUUAUUGAAGAAACUAUUGAAAAUAUUAUUGUUGAAAAUGAUAAAAAAAUGAUAACUGAAGAAAAAGAAGAAGUUGUCAAUGUUGUUGAGCCAAUAAAAUCAUUAAUUGAAAAUGUAGAAGUUAGUGAAGACAAUAAAUCAAUGAUUGUUGAUACUAAUAUGUCAAUUGAUGAAGAAAAAGAAAAAAUAGCUGAUGAAGUUGUUGUUCAAGAUAAUGUUGUUAUUGUUGAAGAACAUGUGGAGACUAUUGAAGAAGUUGUAACAUUACCUGAAGUUACAACAGAAACUGUUGUUGAAGAAAAAAUUGAAGAGGUUGCUUUAUCAAAUGAAGAAGUAAUUGAAGAAGUUUCUGUUGUUGAAGAAAAAAUUGAAGAAAUUUCUUUAUCAAAUGAAGAAGUAAUUGAAACAACUGAAGUUGUUGAAAAAAUUGAAGAAACAACAGAAAUAGUUGAACAAAAAUUACAAGAAAAUGAAGAAAUACCAGUUCAAGUUGAAAAUGUUGAACAAAUAGUGGAAAAUAUUGAAAAAAUACCGGAAAAUAUUGAACCAAUAGUAGAAAAAGUUGAAGAAAUGGCAGUUAGAAUUGAAGAAAUACCCGUUAAAGUUGAAGAAAAAAUGGUACAAUUAUUGGAACAAGUUGAAGCAAUGGAUAAUCAAACAGAAGAAAUUGUAACAACAAUGCCAGAUAAUGAAACAACUGAAACAAUUACAACUGAAAUUAUUGAAACUACAGAAAUACCAUUACCAAUAAUUCAAGAGACUCCAAAAAUACAAGAAAUAAUUGUAUCGUCACCUAAAAAAGUUGAACCAAUUGUUAAUAAAAUUACAACAAUCAACCAAAAUAUAAUUGAAACACCACAACAAAAAUCACAAGAGCUAAUAAUGCCAGUUAAAAAACGUGAAAAACCAAGAAUCAUUGAAAAUGUUACUCUAAAACAACCAAUGCAAAUAUUAAAAACAAAAUUAUUAGAAAAACCAAGAUCACAAAAACACAAACUAGAUAUUGAUAUGUUAAAAAGAAAUAAAUCAACACCACCAACAAAAAUCAUGAGAAUUGAUCCACAAUUAAUAAAAACAAAAACAAGUGGAAAAAUUGGAACAGGACAACUUACAAUAUCAAAAAAAUUAGAAGUUUUAAAAGCUGAUGAAGCUAAAAAUGAAGCUAUUAAUGAAGAAGUACUUGGUAAUACAUCAGGAGUUAUAAGUUUAGCUACAAGUGGAUCACAAGGUUUUCAAAAUAUGGAAUUAGAUAUUGAUUCAAUACCAUUCAUAUUUCAAGAAGAUUUAAAUCCAGAUAGUAUUAAACAAUUACCAGAUAUGACAUCAACAAUAAUAACUCCAAGUCCAACAAUUCAAACAUCAAUACAACAACCACAACAAACAUCAGCAUUAACAUUUGUACAAACAACACAGCCAACUGUUACUCAACAAAUUCAAUUAGCACAAAAAACACCAGAUAAUAGUGGUGAAUUAUCGCCAUCUAAAAAGAAAAAUUUAUCACCAGCAAUAUUAAAAAAUAAACCAAAAGCUAAACCAACAAUAACAUCAGUUAAAACACUAAUGCCAGGUAGUCUUAAACAAUUAAAAUUUGGUCAAAAUGCACAAGGUAAAACAGUUCCAUUGAUAAACCAAAAAGGUGGUGUACCAAGUAAAUAUAUUAUUCUUCAUACAUCAAAUGCACAACAAAUGCCAUCAAAUAAAACUAGUACACCACAAAAAAUUCCAAUUCCACAAAAUAAAACACCAAAUCAAAUUAUUCAACAGGGUAAUAAAGUUGUUAUAUUAACAUCACCACAAUCUGGUCAAACUAAAAUGUUACCAUUGUCAAUGCAAAAAAAUGUACAACAAAAAAAAAUUAUCAAAGGUAAUCAAGUUUAUACACAAAUAUCUAAAAAUCAAAUUUUACCAAAAACUGAUACAUCAUCAUCGUCGUCAUCAUCAACAGCAUCAUCAUCGUCCUCAUCUUCAUCAUCACCAACAACAUCAAAAAUAAUAACUGGACAAAAAAUUAUAAGUACAGCUCAAGGUAAUAUUGUAACAUCAAAAGUAUUUACAUCAGUUCCUGGAAUGCAAAAAAUAUAUGUACAAAGUGAUGGAACUAGAUUAAUGGCUAAAGGUGGACAAGUUUAUACAACAAUUAGUACUGGUGGAUUAACAAAAAUGAUAACUGGACAAAAAACAUUGGUAACUAAACAAGGUACAAUUGUUGGUACUGUUGCUGGUCAAAGUGGAAGUAAAACAAUAUUAUCACCAGUGACACAAGGUAAUAAACAAAUAAUAACACAUAAUUUACAAUCAUCAAAAGGUACAGUGUUAACACCAAUAACUGGUCAACAAGUUAAAGCAAUUGCAGCAAAAGCAUUACCAUCUAAAACACAAAAAAUGCAAUUUAUACAACAACAACAGCAGCAGCAGCAACAACAACAAAAAUCUCCAAUAAUAUCUAAAACUCAAAAAUUACCAAUGACAUCUGGUACAAAUAUGGCUGGAGUAAGAGUAGUAACAACAAAUAGAAAUAUUAAAAAUGCUGGACAACAAGUUAUCAUACAAAAUAGUCCAGUACUUAAUCAACAAAGUCCACUUACCAAAGCAACAGCUGUAGGUAAAAAAAUAAUUCGUCAAAAUAUCGUUAAUCAAAGUGGUAAAUCACCACAAUUAUUAUCAUCAUCAUCACCAUCUGGUACAAGUUUACAAAUGACAAAAACAAAAUUAUUAUCUUCUCCUGCAACAACAAUACAAAAAUCAGCAAAUACACCGAAAGGACGACCAUUAAAAUCAUUACAAAAUAAAGUUUUCAUACAAAAAAUUCAAGAUCCAUCAUCAUCACCAUCAACAAAACCAAAUGUUUCAUCAACAAUAACUAAAGUAACUGGUAGUCCAAAAAUGACAAAUUUAAAAACAACACCAGUCGUUAAAAAUAUACAAAAAUCAUUGAUUUCAUCAAAACAGCAACAGCCACAACAACAACAACAACAACAACUUAGAAAUAUUUCAGCACCAAUGGCAUCAUCAUCAAGUCAUCUACAUACAAUACAAUCAUCUCCUCCACCACUUCAAGAAAUUAAAAAGUCUGAUAUUGAAGAAACAAUUAAAGUAGUUACUACUGCUUCUCCAAUAGCUACAACAUUAUCAUCUCAACCACCACCAUUAGUAUCAGCAGUAACAGCAACAACAGCAUUAGCAAUUACAACAACAGUAGCAACAACGACAACAACAGUAUCAGCAGUAGUAGCAGCAGAAGCAGCAAUGACAACAACAGUAGCAACAACAGCAGCUAUUGAAACAAAUGAAGUCAUUGUUAAACAAAAUACUGAAGUUGGUGUACAAUCACAAACUGAAGUAUCAACUGAAAGUAAUGAAACAUCAGAUGAACAAAAAGUUGCAACUUCACAAAUAAUAAUGUUUCCAGCACCAAGUGUAGAUGGUAGUCCAUCAUUUAGUCUAUAUGUUGUUGAUGAAAAUGGAAUUGCAAAUCCAAUGGAUAGCACUGCAAUAAUGGCAUUAGAUGGACUAUCAAUUGAUCCAAAUUCAUCAAACUUCGUAAUACAAUUUGAUGAUGAAGCACAAAUACAAGCACUUGAUGCAUCACAAACUAUACAACAACAAGAACAACAACCAUCAGCAACACAAAUUGUAUCAACAAAUUCAAAUCAAGAUAUAUUAGCAGCAGCAUUAGCAAAUAGUGAUUUUCAAGGUGAAAUAAGUAUGCCUGAAACUUCAAGUACAUCAGUUUUAUCAACAGAUAUUAAUCAAACAAAUUUAAUUAGUCAAACAAUAUUACAAUCAACUUUAGUACCACCACCAGCUGAAAAAUUAUCAUCAAAUGUACAUGAAACAUCAUUAACAUGGGAUAGACCAAUAAUGACACCACUUGAACUACCAACCUUAACACAAAAUACAACGACAAAUUUAUCAUCAUCAGUACCAUUUAAUAUAAAUUAUAUGACUGAUGUUGAUAAUACAACAUUACCUGGUAAUUCAAUGCCUGAUAUUGGUGAAACUGUUGAUUCACAUAAAACUAAUGAUGAUGAAGAUGUUUACACAAAAUCAACAGCAGCAUUAACAACAGCAACAACUCAAUAUUUAGAUUUAUCAAAUUUAGAAACAAAUGAAACAAUAGUAACAACAGUAUCAACAAGUAUACCAUCAACAUCUUCAAUAUCAUAUUCAGUAUCAAUACCAGAUAAUAUUACAAGUGGUGUACAAACAACUCCAUCAAUGCCAAUAAUUGAUGAUAUAUUUUCUGAUAAUAUUGAAUUUAAUAAAAAAACAAUUGAUAAUAAAUUUUCAUCUAAAAAUAAAAAUAAUAAUAAAACAAAUAAAAAUAAUAAAAAUAAAAAACUUGAUAAAAAUAAUAAACAAGUUACAACAGAUGUACCAAUUGAUAAUAAUGUAUUAUUAUUAAAAAAUAAUGAUGAUAAAUUAAUAAAUCAACAACCAGAAACAAGCCAAAAAAUAUUAGAUAUGCCAAUUGUUGGUGAUACACCAAUUAUUGAUAAUAAAAUUGAAGAUAAAAAUAAUGAUGAUGACGAUAAUAAAAAUUUAUUAAAUUCUGAUGUUGUUGAUUCUUGUAUGACUGCUGUUGUUGAUAAUUCUUGUAUUAUAACAGAAUCAAGUAAUGAUGUACAAUCAACUGCAAAAAUAAUUGAUAAUAAUAAUCAAGAUAAUGAUGUAAAAAAUGAUGUAUUAACAACAACAAAUAAUCAAGAAGAAGCUGAAACAUCAGAUAAAAAAGUAGUUAUUUGUGAUAAUAUUGAAUCAAUGGAAGUUGAUGAAAUUGUUUAUAAUGCUGUUGAAGAAAUAAAACAAACAGCUGAAUCAUCAAAUGUACAAGAAAUUGAAGCAAUGGAAUGUACAUUUAAUGAGGAUACAGUUGAUGCUGAACAAAAUCAAGAAAUACCAUCACAAUCAUUUGAACAAUUUAAAAUAAUUGAUAAUAAUGAAUCACCAUCACAAUCUGUUGAAAAAUCAACAGAUUCACGUGAACCAUCACAAUCAGAAGCUGAUGAAUUAAUGGAAAUAAAUAAUGAACCACCAAGUCAAUCAUUUGAAAAUUCAGCAUUACAUGAAGCAUCACAAAGUUAUCAAGAAAAUUCAAAUAUAAAUAGUAGAUCAGAUCAAAUUGAUGAUCCAAGUUUUCCAACUCAAAGUUAUGAUGUUGGUAAAAUUGAUAAUAUUACUGAAAAUAUUGAAACAGAUUGUGAAUUAAGUCAAGAAGGUAAUAUACCAUCACAAUCAAAUGAUGUUGAUAUUGAUGGUAUUGGUACAUCAACAUUUACAAAUCAAGGUAAUGAUGAUGAAACAGCAAGUUCAAGUUAUGUACCUGAAACACCAGAAGCACAAGAACGUGAUCAAGAUCAAGAAUCAGCAAUAUCAACAUCAAGCUAUGAAAUACCACCAUCUGAUGAAAUUAAUAUUGCAUCAUCAAGUCUUAUACCUGAUACAUCGGGUAAUGAACAUGCAAAUAUACAUGAUAAUGGAGUACCAGAAAUACCAACAAGUUCAUAUAAUUUAAAUCCAGAUUCAAGCUCAACACAUAUUGAUUCACAAGUGCCAAGUUCAAGUUUUGAAGAUCAAAUUGUUAUUGAACAAAAUGUAUCAACAAGCUAUGAUAUACCAAUAUCAAUGCCAAGCAUUGAAGAUAAUUCAUCAUCUGGUAAUUUUGUUAGUGAAUCUGGUGAUCAAACAAAUGAACCAACAAGUUAUUAUGCUAGAAAUCCAGAGGAUGUUACAUCUGAAGCAAGUCAAAGUUAUUUUGUACGUGAUGCUCCAAGUCCAAGUUAUAAUGAACAAAAUGUAUCACCAAGUUAUUAUGAUGCACCACAAGAAGCAAGUCAAAGUUUUUAUUCAACACAAGAAAUUGAAAGAACUGCUGAACAAUCAUCGUCUUCAUCAUCAUCAAGAAAUGUUGAAGCAUCACAAAGUUUUUAUCAAGAUAAUUCAGAUGAAUUAAGAUUAACACAACAACAAGGUGAAGCAACACCAACUUAUUAUCCAUUGGACAAUGAUAAUGAACCAAUUGAAAGGCACGAUCUUGUUGAAAGCUCUGUAUCAGCUACACGACCUACAGAAAGGUAAUAAAAAACCUUUCUGUAACAAAAAAAAAAAAAGAAAAUAUAUAUUUAAACAAUAUU